CGCCGCCGCCUCCCGCCAGCUCCAUGAGCCGCCAGCUCGAGCCCCGCAGCCCCGCCGUGCUCCUGCACCCGCCGGCAGCCGGCGCGGGAGGCCCUCGCUGCCGGUGCGCGCCUGCCAAGCGGCUCCUGCUGCACGAUAGCGCCGAGGACGCGCCGCCCGCUGCCAAGUGCGCUCGCCUCGCCGUCGACUGCUCCAGCGCGGCGGCACCCCACGAUUGCUUCAGCGCGCCGGGAUCGCCCUGCGGGCCGGUCUCUCCGGCCCCCGGAGGAGGCGGCUCGGUUGCGGGUACCCCCGGAGGGAACGGCAGCGCGCAGGGCCCCAGCCUGGUCGCCGGUUACCUUUUGUUGCCCCUGCCCGACAGGGAUCACGUCUCCAGGGCGCUCGACAUCAACACCGGACGGGAGCUGCGCUGCAAGGUCUUCCCUCUCAAACACUACCAGGACAAGAUCCGCCCUUACAUCCAGCUGCCGUCGCACAGGAACAUCACCGGGAUCGUGGAAGUGAUUCUCGGGGAGACAAAAGCCUACGUCUUCUUCGACAAGGACUUUGGUGACAUGCAUUCCUAUGUGAGGAGCUGCAAGCGGCUUCCGGAGCAGGAGGCGGCCAGGCUCUUCAAGCAGAUCGUCUCGGCGGUUGCCCACUGCCACCAGUCCGCCAUUGUGCUGGGGGACCUCAAACUCAGGAAGUUCGUGUUUUCUAGUGAAGAAAGGACGCAGCUCCGGCUCGAAAGCUUGGAGGACACGCACAUCAUCAAAGGGGAGGACGAUGCCUUGUCGGACAAGCACGGCUGCCCAGCCUACGUCAGCCCAGAGAUCCUUAACACGAUGGGGACUUAUUCUGGCAAGUCAGCUGACGUCUGGAGCUUAGGAGUAAUGCUGUACACCCUCCUGGUUGGACGUUACCCCUUUCAUGACUCGGACCCUACUGCCCUCUUUUCUAAAAUCCGGCGCGGACAGUUCUGCAUUCCUGACCAUGUCUCUCCCAAAGCACGUUGCCUUAUCCGAAGCCUGCUGAGGAGGGAGCCCUCUGAGAGACUCGCGGCUCCGGAAAUCUUGCUCCAUCCUUGGUUUGACGCUGUUUUGGAAUCUGGUUACGCCGACCAGGACACGAGAGCCUCCGAUCAGGUUGUUCCGGAGAAAUCCAGCGAGGACGACGACAUCAGCUCCUUCUUUUGCUAGCUUUUGGUUUUCGCCUCGGGGGACGAGAAGCCUCUCACACUCGCCUGCAGUCUUCAGUUUCCACCCUCUCUCUCUCUGUUUUCUGUGGUCCUUCCCAAAAAAUCGAGCUGCGGUCAGGACAGUAGCUAUGAUCUCAAACACCCUUGCAAGUAGGAGAUUGCCAUCCUUCGCCUGCUUCGCGAAUUCCCAUUUGAAUCCCCGUGGGACUUACCCUGGAGCAAAUGGACCUUUGCAAAACGCACUUAGGCCUGGGACUUCUAGGCUGUGGCUUUUAAAGUUUGCUCUGAACUUCGGUGGGGAAUUUUACAUACAGGGCUGUCUGGAAUAAGCAGUUUGAGGUUUGCGGUCUUUGUUGGCUGGUUUUUGUUUGUUUGUUUGUUUGUUUAAGAAAAAGCAAAACACCUUGUAGCUUCUUGGUUCUGUGUUCAGAUCCACACAGCCUUGUUCUGCAGGCAAGGUUAUAUUGUUGUAGCAACUACAGAAGGGCCAACUGGGUUGCUCUGUCUCUCAUACAUCAAAGUGACAGGGCUCUGGGCUGGCUUAGAUUGCAGAAUCUCCUCACUGGUGAUGUAAGAGAGAAAGCAGGCACAGUUCUUUAAGUGCUAGGCGGGGGGCUUGUGAUAGUCACGGUGCAAAAAAAAAAUCAA